UACCAAAGCAUUGUGGGAUCCCUCAUGUAUGCUUGUACUACCACACAGCCACAGAUUGCCUUUGCAGUCUCACAGCUAUCUAAGGUCGCCUCUUGUCCUAAAAUGUUUCACUUGCAGGCCGCUAAGAGAGUGCUGAGGUACCUGAAAGGUGGUGUCAACUCAGGUAUCUUCUUCCAAACACAGCCCCAGUCUCAGGUCCAGCUAGUUGGCUUCAGUGAUGCUGACUAUGCUGGAGAUUCCGCAAGUCGCAGGAGCCACAGUGGGUAUGUGUUCUGUCUGAAUGGGGCAGCUAUCUCUUGGCAGAGCAAGAGGCAGCCCGUGGUAGCACUCUCUACCACUGAGAGUGAGUAUAUAAGUCUGUGUCAGUGCAUUCAGGAGGGUGUCUGGCUGAGGCGUUUGUUUGGGGAGUUUGGCCAUGAUCAUGCUGGUGGUGUGCCUGUGUUUGUGGAUAAUCAGUCUGCCAUUGCCCUUGCACAGAAUGCAUGCUUGCAUGGCCGCACCAAACACAUGCAGGUCCGGUGGCAUUUCAUUCGGGAGAUGGUAGCUGCGGGUGAGGUGAUUUUGCAGUGGUGCCCUACCAACCGUCAGGCUGCUGAUAUUCUUACCAAGUCUCUUCCAUUUGAGCGUCAUGGUGUGUGCAUGACCUUGCUCGGGAUGCAGCCCCAUGAUGACAGAGUUCCCGCAGCAGAUGCCGGCGUCUUGGUGCUCCUCUCCUUGGCGGACUCCAUGCUCUGGGUGGCCCCAACCCAUGGGCAAGGGGGAGUGGUGUGAAGGCAUUUGCCCUAUGGUGUUGAGCCACACCCAGCACGAGCAAGGGGGAGUGAUAAAUGUGUAGUGUUCUGUGGUGUGAUUUGCUCUAGCUGGCUGUGGGCUAUUGGGAUUUGGGCAAAAGAAUUGGGUUGGUUGGCUAGGUUUGAUCUCGUUACCUUUCCAACCCAUACUACCCCAUACCCACCACAACAUCUUUGAUGUUGCAGCUGUGGCACUUGGGAGUGUUAGGGUUUGGUUCAGGGCGAGGGUUGGUGUUGUUUGACAAUCAAAUACUCCAACUUUUCCAGAUCGAACUGCUUCCCUUCUCGUUUUUACUAGGUGAUUCAUGGCUGCCUAGCCAAAUUACCAGAAGACCCCCUCACACUGAUUUCAUCAUAAUCGGCGGCUCAGAUCUUGGUUAUGAACGUG